AAAACACUUAAAAAACUAACAAAUACAAAAAUUGUACUUGUUUUCUUCAGCCGCCUCGCCAUUGAUGGAAGCAGACGAAGUAAUAGAGCUAUACGAUUCUUUCUGGUUCGAGUUCCCGAUCUUCAAGAAACAACCGGUUUCAUCGAACCCAUCAAAUUUUGAAGAAAACCCAUCAAAGCCAGAGUUUUUACGGAUUCCAACUAGGCACACCAGGUCCAUGAGCGACGAGUUGAGCUCCAAUACGAGCUUCAACUUAAGCACUCUCUCGCCGGACUCUGUCCUCCACAGACCUAAGCUCUCCACAAUUCUUUCCGGAAAAGAAGCCGGGGAAAUCGAAAACCCGAAACAGAUAUAUUCAGAAGAAGAACCACAGAAGAAAGUUGAAAGGAGGAGGAGAAGAAAGAAGAAGAGUGGGAGCAAGAGCUUGACGGACCUUCAGUUUGAAGAGCUAAAAGGGUUUAUGGAUCUUGGUUUUGUUUUCUCAGAGGAAGAUAAAGAUUCAAACUUGGUUUCAAUCAUUCCUGGGCUGCAAAGAUUGGGAAAGAAGGAUGAUAGCAGAGAGGAGAGGAUUGACGAGUCUGCAAUUUCAAGGCCGUACCUUUCUGAAGUUUGGGAGGUUAGGGAGAAGAGGAAGAGAGAGAAGCCAUUGAUGAAUUGGAGGUUUCCUGCGUUGGAAAAUGAAAUUGACAUGAAAGACAAUCUCAAAUGGUGGGCUCAUACUGUUGCUUCUGCAGUUAGAUGAUCAACAUUCUGGUUCUAAGAUUUUUUUGUACUUUAUUUCUGGUUUGGAUUUUGCUUCAGUUUUUUUGACACUUUAUGUAUACCGUAGAUUUACCAAGUCAAUCAAUAUUGUUCUACAACUUGUAAAUGUGAAUAAAAAGUAGAAACAUUUCAUGAUCA